UUAAAUUAAACCUAAAUCUGGCAUGGCCAAUUAAACCAAAAUUCCAAACGCAUGCCGCUCUGCAAACUCCAAAACCAUGGCUGAUAGUACAUCAUAUCUUCCACCGGAAAUCAUAGAAAAUAUCCUGUUGAGGUUACCGGCUAAAUCUCUUCUUCGAUUCAAAGCAGUUUCAAAAUCAUGGAAUACCGUUAUCGCCGAUCCUGUAUUCGUCCAAAAUCAUAUCCGACAAUCCAAACACUCAAACUCCGACAACCUUUUUCUAUGUCCCAACACGUAUCCUAUUCCUGUGGUUAAAUUGGGAGAUAAAAAAAUCCAAACUUUACAAAGAAUAGAAUCCCGCUAUGCCAGGUGGCCUGAACUAUGCUUUUGUGAUGGCGUGAUUCUCUUAACCGACACUACAUACAUGAGGUUUGCGUUGUGGAAUCCAUCCACUCGAACGUCGAAAAACCUUUGGCACAAGUACAGCUGUCCGGACGCAGCUUUCGGGCUUUGUCGCGAUCCAGCCACCGACGAUUUUAAGGUUGUUAUUGCUGAUUUAGACUACUACUCGGUUUAUUCUUGCUGGAACAAAUCCUGGAUCAUGUUGAAAAAAAAAUACGAUACUAAAUACACCGGUUUAGGUGUAAAAAUCGGUAAUAAUAACAUGGGAGUCUGCGUUGACGGGGCUAGCUAUUGGCUUUGGAGUAACGACAACGCCACGCAAAUAGAAUUAGUGUAUUUUGAUCCGAGAGAUGACGAGUUCAAGAAUUUGCACAUGCCGGAAAAUAUUGCCGAUGCCAACCAAAAAUUUACGUAUGCGGUCGAAUUGAAGGGAUGCUUGUGCGUGUAUUACAAUGGUAUGGACGAGUCCAGGAUUCAAAUUUGGACAAAGGAAAAGGGCAUCGAUGGUCAUUCUUGGAAGGUGUUGAUAACUGUUGAAAAUGUGGGGAUGUCAAUUUGGGCUUUUCAGCCACUAUGUUUCGUCGGAGAUAAGAUUGUAGUUUGGAAAAGAGGUCUUCUUCGUCGUGUAUUACUAGUCUACAUCCCUUCUGAGAAGAGGUUUGAAGAAUUUGAAAAGAACACUGUUGGGAUAUUUGACUAUCCAAUUCCGUAUAUAGAUAGCAUUUUCUUCCCCACUGAGAAACCGAGACCUAAGACGAAGAGGGAGAGGAAGUUUUUGCAAUAGGUUGAUUAAUAACGUUUUU